AAAAAUUGCUCGGAGCGUAUCUGACUGCAUUUCACGAGGUGUUCAAGUAAGUGUCAUAAUUACUGUGCGUGAGCCCACUAUGCUGAAGAAGCGAAGCUUACAGCUUGCAUGGCGUUUGCAUGGCGUCGUGGAUUAAGAAGAACCGAAGAAAAGCUAACCCAUGUCCUUACUACACCCAUCGCCGAAGACGUUCAACAGAAAAUCAUCAAUCUAAACAAUACGGCGGAGAGAACCGCUCACAUCGUCAAAUAUGUCGAAAAGGUCAUCAAGCCUUUCCGAGAGCAAAGCAAGGAAUUUUAUAUUUAUGAUUCCACUCCUGGAUGCACAACAGCGGAAAAAUAUAAUCCCCAUAUGCAGUUAGGAAGAGCGUUGGGUGCGGCAGUUCCCGGAGUGAUCGAGGAAAAUCAGGAAUUUGGCAACAUUCUCUCUGUUCUGGGAAAAUGUGAGGAGGAUUUAGGUUAUGAAGAGCUGAAACAUGUGAACCGCACGGCAGAAAUAAUAUUGCGUCCCAUGAGAGAUUUUCUACGACAAAACCUACUGCAAGCAUCGAAAGAAAAACACAGUUUAAUUAACCGGCGCUUGGAUCUGGAUGCUGCGAAGGGCCGUUUAAAGAAAGCCAAAACACAAGACCAAAUUGCCGCGGCAGAAACUGCUGUCCGGGUGGCUCAAGUGGAAUUCGACCGGCAAACCGAGAUCGUCCGUAUUGUACUAGAUGAUGUGGAACAAUCACAGGGUUCUCAAUUAUCUGCUCUAGUACAGUUUCUAGAAGCUCAGUUAGAUUACCACCGUGACGCAUUGUCCGUGUUGGAGAAACACAAAGCGCUCAUGAGCAACAAGCACAACAUGAGUAAAUCAAACGAAUAUGCCAGAUCACAGACAUCAACAAAACCGUAUAAGCCAACACCAAAAAGCCCCAAAGUGGAAACUAUCGAUGCCGAUUUUGUGAUGGCAAAGGUCAACCAAGACUACCUACCCAAGCGGACACAGGAAGUGGCGGUCCGUACGGGAGAAACAGUUAAAGCGUUCGAUAUCAAUCCGGGUAACGAAAAUCCUGAUCACUGGAUGUAUGUGAAACGAGUGGAUGGCAUGCAAGGUUAUGUACCUAUGCACAUAUUAGAAGCCAUACAAUAAUCAUCAACACGUGCAUCAAAUCUGUUUCAUAUCCAGUUAUCGCCUGAUUAAUGCCGGUCUUUUGUUCCCUUCCUGUUUUUACUUUAAAAUCGGUGUCAUAAACCGAUCAAUACAAACUAAAUCGAUUUCGCUAUUUUCUUGGCUAAUAUGAGCGCAAACCUGGAAACAGCUCGUACAGUACGUACCAUCAACUGUAGUAUGUUUUUAAUCGCGUAAUAUUUAUUGUACAAUACAUCCAGUCAUAUUGUUGGCUCCCUGAAUCAUG